AUGACUAGGCCGAUCCAGAUCCUGUCGACAUUGCUAUCCGAGUUGCGCAAGACAGUCAGCAUCCACUCGACACAGGCCAAGGUCAUUGACGACGAAUGCAUUGAACUGCAGGAGAAGCUCAUCACUAUCGACCCUUUGCGCCAGGAGCGAUACGAGGACCGCCGCACACAGCUAGUGUUUGACCGUGAGACGUUGUCGAUUAUUCAGGACUCGAAGCGGUUCCCAGAGAUUGAAUACUCGGCCAAACAACCAACCAACCUGGAUCUUUCGAUGCGUGGAUUGACCCACAUCCCCAUCUCAUCUUACCUUCUCCACCUCCACACGCUUAACUUGGACUCCAACUCAAUCACAUCAACCCGCUUUCUCCGCAACCUGCUGAACGUUCGCCGUGUCAACUUGUCCAACAACCUAAUUGAGCACCUCGAAGGAAUGCAGCAUGCACCCAGCCUCGAGUUCUUGACACUCGAGAACAACAUGCUUGCGAAAUGGGAAGAUGUGGUUGCAGGAUUUGUGUUCUGGGGUGAAGGCAAGCUCGCUCGUACAGGCGGACAUGUCAAGGUACUGCUGGGCAACAAUCCUGUGGUCGUGAACGAAGGUGGUGAAUAUGUCCUUGAGAAGCGGUGGGAGGAUGUUGGGAAGGCUGGUGUUGAGAUCCAAUGGCAGUCUGAAGAGCUUCGUUUGGCCGAGGAAGCGCUCUUGGCGACGGAAGGCGAAACUGGUGCUGUUGGAAGCAUGGUUGUGGAUGGCACUCGGCGUGUCAGCACGACGGUUGUUGAGUUUGAUGCCGGAAUUGCCCAUUAA